GUAUGGGAGGCUGCUAAGAGCGUCAGAUUGGCUUAUCUUACCGAGCGGACCUGGCUCUGACUCCCUCGUCGAGGUUCGCGCGUCGAUAUUGGACCUACGUACACUGUCGGGCCGUGCGCUCGCUGGACGCCCGCGAUGUUGCCGUCACAAAGUUUGUGACUCCUUCGCUCGAGCAGCCGUCUUGGUGCGACUACAAACCGAGAGUGAGCAGCCGACUCGUGUUGCUGGCUGCAGCAUGUCCAACUCAGAGGACUCCGAGAGGAAGCCCAUCCGCACACACGUCCAAGACUUCCUCUGCGGCGUCGGUUCGUGGCGACCGAGAUGGCUGCAGACCUUCGCCUCGCCGCACUCCCUGUUCGUCUUCUUCAACUUUCUGGGCAUCAGCCAGGGCGCCUACAAGUCGUACACCGUGGGCACGCUGUCGACCCUGGAGCGGCGCUUCGGCCUCUCGACGGGCUCCAUUGCCGUUAUCCUGGUGGCGGAAAGCAUCAGCCCGGUCUUUUUAGACGUCUUCACGGGCUACGUCGCCGGCUGGAUGAGCCGACCCAAGAUGCUGUCCCUCGGCAUGAUGGUCGUGUCCGCCAGCUCCAUCCUGGUGACGCUGCCCUACGCAAUGUACGGCCCCGCGACGACACUUCUCGCCAAGGGUGUCGACGGCUUCGAGGACGCCGGAAAGAUGGAGUUCUGUGGAAGUCGGCCGCCGGACCUGCCCUGCUCCGCGAGUGAUCCCACGGGUGUGACCACAUCUCUGCCGUUCGCCAUCUUGUUCGUCGCGUCGUUCAUGAACGGCAUCGGGCAGAGUGUCCUGCACGUGGCCGGAAGUUCCUACAUGGAUGACAGCAUUAAGAAGAAGAACUCGCCGAUGUACUUUGGAGCCAGCUAUUCUGUACGUGCCAUCGGACCGGCACUCGGGUUCUUGGGAGCCGGACUGUGCCUGUCCCUCUACGAAGAUCCUUUCUACGAACCGGACAUAGACCCGGCGGAUCCCCGAUGGAUUGGCUGCUGGUGGCUGGGCUACCUGGUCUGUGGCUGUGUGAUGGCUCUGGCUAGCCUGCCCGUGCUCCUCUUCCCCAAGGUGAUGCCCUCCAGACUGGCCGACCCGCCGCAGGCCAACAAGAAGGGAGUAAAGUCCACUCAUCUGAAAGAGAUCGCGAAGUCCGUGCGUCGCCUGCUCGGUCGGCGUGUGUACGUGCUCCAAGUGCUGGCCUCCAUCUUCAUGGUCAGCGGCUUUAAUGGCUUCUCCACCUUCUCUGCCAAGUACAUGGAAACACAGUUCCGUACAUCAGCCUCCAAGGCAAGCACUUUCGCAGGUCUCGUGUCGACGUCGUUCUUCAUCGUGAGCUUCUUCGUGUCGGGGUGGGUCAUCCAUCGAACCAGGCCCACGCCUCGGGUCAUCGGGUCCUACAACGUCACCGUCAAGGUUCUGCUCAUCGCCGGCUUCCUCGUGGCCAUGUUCAUCAAAUGCGACUUCGGUCUCAUGCCGGGUGUCACGGUCUCUAAGGACGGGCUGGACCUAGUGAACUCUUGCAACCGCGGCUGCGACUGCACGUCCAGGGCGUACCAACCCGUCUGCGAGCAGAUCGGAGGGACGCUCUACUUUUCGCCGUGCUUCGCCGGCUGCCCCAGGCCGACUCAAGAAGACACGUCGAAUCUGACCAAGCUCGAAAACUGCCGGUGUCUGAAGCUCGUCGAAGAUGGCGAGUUUUUCUCCGGGUCGGUGUUCAGCGGUUUUUGCAAGAGCACCUGCGUCAUGUUUGUGCAAUACGUCAUCAUCGUCUCCUUGGCGCAGUUCGUUGGAGCGUCGGCAUCCGUCGGUAACACACUCAUCAUGCUCAGGAGUGUCAGUCCUUCUGAUAAAAGCAUGGCGCUUGGAUUUGCCAAUGCCAUGGCAAAUUUACUGGCAUACAUCCCGUUCCCGCUGCUCUACGGGGCCGCCAUGGACGGGUCAUGUCUAGUCUGGGAGAGCAAGUGCGAAACGCGUGGCAACUGCUGGCUGUACGACUUGGACAAGCUGCGCUACUCCUACUUCGGAACUUCCAUCACGUUCCUAUCUCUGGCCGUUGUGUUCGCCACGGGCGUUGCCUGCGUGGCAUCGGACAUUAGGGACUUUUACGACGACGGUUACCAGGAGGUUUAUUCGUCCGAAGACCCAAAGAUCCGUUACAAGAAGCGCGACCCCGUUAGGAUCUUCGAGGAGCACGACCAAGGGCGGUUUAAGGUGUGACUACGUCGGCCUUUUUAGCGUUAAACAGAGUUUCGUGUUUUCUGUAAAUACCGCAAAACCGCGGAAACCCCCGAGCCGGUUCUGUGAAAAUCGUAGAAAACUGAACGAUCCCCGAAUCAGAGCUGCCCUCGAAUAAAAAGAGCCCAAGCUUCGCGGGAAAACGUAUUUUACAUCUCUAUCUUGCGUUGACCUGGAACAAUAAACUGUCAUGAACUGUC